CUCGGAUACAAACAAAACAGAAGACAGCGAACAGAAUGAAAAAGUAGACUGAGAUAAAAGUCAGCCACGUUUUAACUGAGAACAAUUCUUCCACUAACAACAUUCUCAAGCGCAAUAAUACAAAAAUUUUACAACAUUUUGACUUUUCUAAUGAUGGUCUAUGUCAAUGUUUGAAAUUUUGUCACUCAGAAAUGGUACUGAACAUUCAAUGUCACCUGAAAUAAACGCAACUUUGUCUGCUCUCUUUUUGAAGGUGCAAUUAUGUUCCAAUGAAGAUGAAAAAGUAUAAGAAUCCUGACAAAUUUUGAAAUUUAUUGAUCACUCAGUUCUUCACAAGAAAUUCUCGUAUAAUUUUGAUAUUCGGAGGAUACCCUUCAUUUUUAGAUAUUCCUGAAGAAAAUUCCUGAAAAUCCCCGAAUAUUCCCAUCCCAAUCAUGAUUGAAAUGUGCCAGAGCUUCCCCAAACGCACCACAUCUGUUUGUUCCCAUCUGAACUACUCUGAUGAAGAUCAGGAAGACUAUGUUCACACUGAAGAUAAAUCUUACAUCCAGUUGUUAUGGAACGUACACAGAAGUAUCGAAAAGAUACGAGGUGAAAUGAGUCGAACGGAUUUCUCGGUGGAGGAUGAAAGAGUGGCAGCCAACGAGAUGGACGACGAGGACGAUGAAAAACUCCCACCCACGUACAUAGUGGUGACUGUGUCGAAAGAAAUUCCCGUCAUAACACUAGCGUGGAUUAUAAAGAAGAUAAGGGGUAAUAAGAGGGAUGGAGGAGCGGAGUUGGUAUUGCUGCAGCAGCCUCGUUCUCCCAAAGAGGACUACGUCCUGCACGUAUCCGCAACCCGCGUCAAAUUCCUGGAGGCCGCCGAGGAGAUGGAGAUGAUGAAGGAGGACGGCCUGGGACAGAUGCGUGAGUUCACGGUGAAGCAACUGGAUGACUUCCUGCCCGCGGGGAUGGGCGUCGAGGACCUCUUCACGGUCGCCGACCGGCAGACGAUAGUCAGACACGAGCUGGAGAACAUCAGGGCCCUGCCGGAGGACAACCACGUGCCUGGAUUCCCCACGGUCACCCUCUACGAGGGCCAGAGCGUUUUUUCGGUCUGCAGGAAGGAAAAAAUCAUUACCGAUGUUUAUCCACUACAUGACAAAGAACACCUGAAAAAACUUGGACAGAAAUGGUUCCUAACAAAAAAGCAACCUUUCGAGGAAAUCCGCCUGUACUUCGGAGAGGCCAUCGCUCUCUACUUCACCUUCCUGGGAUAUUACACCACCUUCCUCGUCGUUCCGGUGGCCAUAGGUCUCCUGCAGAUGCUCAUACCGACCGACGGCGUGCUGUUCUUGUGCACGUUCAACGUUGUCUGGGUGACGUUGAUGCUGGAGUUCUGGAGAAGAAAGAGCAACGAACUGGCAUUCCAAUGGGGUACCAUAGGUAUGACAAGUCUUGAUGAGCCACGCGCUAAUUUUCAAGGUACCAUGGAGAAGGAUCCUAUUACAGGAAAAUGCUCUCCGCAGUAUCCUCGAUACUUAACUUAUGUUAAGAUGUAUUGUGUGUCGCUACCCAUUGUCGUCCUGUGCAUGAUAGGUGCUUUCUUCGUGAUGUUGAGCUCUUUCUGGAUCGAGAAUUGGUCGAAGACGUUCGAAGAACCUUACCAGUAUCUUGUUCCAGUACCCAGCAUUGUUUACUCCGUCCUUGUACAAGUCAUGAACAAUUAUUACAGGAAACUGGCCACUUUUCUCACUGAAUGGGAAAAUCAUCGAACAGAGUCGCAGUUUUAUCGACACAAAGUCACCAAGCUGGUCCUGUUCGAAUUCGUCAACAAUUUCAUGUCUCUUUUCUACAUUGCCUUCGUGAUUCAAGACAUGAACAACCUCAGAAGCCAGCUCCAGACAAUGCUCAUCACAUCCCAGAUCUUAAACAACUUCACUGAGACCAUGAUGCCCCUAGUUCUUCAGUACUGGUCUAAAAAGAUUAUGAGGACACAGAAGAAAGUCUUCGUGGAUAACUGGAAAGGCUCGAAAAGUCUCUAUAAGUCAACCUCUACAGGAGACCAAGGCGACGAUCCUCUCAAUUCCCUACCGAUGCUGGAAGCAGACGACCCAAGGGUUCUUGCUGCCGAGGUAGAAGGUGGAAUGGACGUCUACGAAGAAACUUUCGACGACUACCUCGAAUUGUUCAUUCAAUUCGGUUACGUCUUCCUCUUCUCCUCGGUCUAUCCUAUAGCCGCCCUAUGGGCCUUGCUGAACAACAUCGUAGAGAUCAGAGCGGACGCUUUCAAACUAUGCCAAAUAUGUCAAAGACCCAUGAGCAGGAGGGUGAAGGAUAUUGGUGCGUGGCAGCGAGCUUUUGAAGUUCUGGGCGGUCUGUCUAUAGUCACCAAUUGUGGCAUCCUGUACCUAACGCCCAGUAUACGGGAGAAAGGCUCUCAUUUGUCACAAACCGAGUGGUUGUUCCUGUUUAUCGUACUGGAGCAUAUUUUAUUAGGUGUGAGGUAUGUCCUUCAUAUCUCCAUCGGAGACAAGCCUGAGUGGGUGAGAGUCGCCAUGGCUAAACAGAACUACGAAUCUAGGCAGGCUCUGAAGCACGAGCGAGAACAGAGGAAUAAACGGCUCUUGACUAGGAAAUUCAGGUCUAUCCCGACGGCACUUUAGCAAAAACCAGGCCAUAAUUCCGGUCGUGCUGGAAACGAGCGUUGGUCGAUCCCGCUGACAAAAGAACAGGGGAGUUUUUUGCCCUCUGUUCCCGAUGAUCCUCACCUGUUGGUUGUUAUUCAAAUCCACUUCGCAGCGAAUAUAAUUUUUUUUGUUUGCUUUUUGCAUUUUGUAUGGAGAAAUAAAAUAUUUUUUUGA